GUAAUGCAAAAGCACCGUUGCAGUCCUAUAUGUCCAUUCCUCGUUUUCCAAAUAUAUAUCAUUACUUGCCAUAAUUAAGAAAAAAAUCUAACUUUAAGCCGUCGAUAUUGUCAUUGAGUGGUCUUAUCUACAAAAUCAAGUGCUAACACGAAUUAACCUUGCAUUUGAAACAUACCAAGCCAUGCAGCAAGCCCAGCAAGAGUCCUUUUACCUCUAUAUUUACAUCUAUGUUUGAUUUACAUUCCAGAGAAAACCCAUUGCAGUGCUUGUCAGUUUCGCAAAGAAGCCAAUUCAGUGUCUGGGAUAAAUUGAAUGUAAUGUGAUUAUUGAUUGAGAAUGUGUCAGCCAAACUCGCCGACAUCGAGUGAGGGACGUUUCCUUGUCAUUGGUAGUAAAGGGGUUGGAAAAUCAGCUGUGACAGUACGCUACCUAACGAAAAGGUACAUCGGAGAAUACCAGUCCACGGCAGAAUUAACUUACACUCAAACCCUAAAACUAGACGAAGAUGUGAAAGGAUCGACGUUUGAGAUACGCGAUACACUUGAACGAGGAAAUAUUUCGUUAUACGAGAGUAGUAUUCGCUGGGCUGAUGGUUUUCUCGUGGUUUACUCCAUCACAGACAGAAACAGCUUCAACAACGCCAUCCAGCUAGUGGAAGCAGUGUAUGACGGGAAGGGGACGGAUGAAGUGCACGUGGCUUUGAUAGGCAAUAAAACCGAUCUGGAACACUUUAGAAUAGUGACUAAAGAAGAAGGAAAGUCAGCAGCCGCGCAGUUGGGUUGUAUGUUCUUCGAAAUAUCAGCCGCCGAAAACUACGAAAACGUUCAAGUGGCUUUGAACUCGUUGUUCCGUAAAGUAACCAUCCACAAGAAACUGAUGAUGAACGGGAAAGCGAAAAGGAAAACCUCUAGCUCCGAAAAGAAAAAAUACGGCUUUGGAAAUGGGUUAUUUAAACGAAAAAAUGAAAGGAAAAGUGUGCAGCGAAAGUUUGAUUUCAUCUGAAGCAAGUUACUUUUGAUGGACUCAUUCUUUCCCAGAAUCCUCAAGAAUUGACACGUGACCUUCGAUCGACUCCUUCAUACCCAGGCUCUUUCAUUCGUAACCAUGCUCCUGAUGGGAUUGUCACGUGACCUUCGAUCGACUUCUUCAUACCCAGGCUCUUUCAUUCGUAACCAUGCUCCUGAUGGGAUUGUCACGUGACCUUCGAUCGACUUCUUCAUACCCAGGCCCUUUCAUUCGUAACCAUGCUCCUGAUGGGAUUGACACGUGACCUCGAUCGACUCGUACUAUAAGCACACAGAAUCCAUUCGUACCCAACCUUUUCUCGCGAUCAUAUGCACACUCAUUCGUAAUCAAGCUCUUUACUGAGUUAAACACCGACUUUAUUUAUCAUUUCUUAUACAAAUGUUGCUGAGUCAGACUUCGAAAAAUAAGGAAGCAACAAUUGUUGACGUAAUUUUCUUGAAAGUUCAUUCUUACAAAGACUUUUUCUUCGAAUUCUUACCAAGACAAGUAAAAAAAAAGAUUGAAAAUAAAUACUUGACAGACUGAUUAAACGAGAUUUUGUCGAAAAAAUGCAAGAUGUUUGCGGUAAUAUAUUCAAACUGGUUAAACAGGUAAAGCAAGUAGCAGGCGUGAAAAUAAAAACAAGUGAAGCUGGUUAAGCCUGUUUUCCAAAUGUGCGAAUUGUUAUCAAAAAAGGAUGAAAGAUCGUGAAGGUAGUUGGACAAACUGGUCAAACUUGUUUCAUAAGUACAAGGAUUAGUCGGAGCAGUCAAACCUGUUUUACAAGUAUGCAGUAAUGUGUGAAAAAAGUUAAUUUAGAAGUUUUGCGAAUAAUAUCCUUUCGAAGUGUAAUAUUUCAGUUAUUCGAUUUCAUCUUUCCCAAAGCGUUCCAAACCAUCUGAUCGAACUUAAGCACAGUCGUCAUGGUAGCCUCUCGGUCAAGACGGAGAAGUUCCUCAACAGGUGAAGGAAGUUUGUCGUUUUCCUGCUCAACGUCCCUUGGGGCAGUUUUCUGGAAUAUUCUAGCAUCUUCCUUUUCAUGCGCAACAUUAUUUUGAACGUGUCUCCUUCUUCGUCCAUGCUUUCGUCUUUUCUUCUGCUUCUUCUUUCUCUUGUUCUUUCGUCUUCCGCCUCGUGGUUCCUCGACAUCCUCGUCCAAGCCUUCUUCCUCCUCGCUGUAAACUUCUUGUUUUGGUAGCUGGUGAGCAUUGGCCCCGAGUUGGUUCUCACUGAAAAGAAAAAACGGUUACUAAGACUUGAAAAUACCUCUUGUCAUUCUCGUGAGCCAGUUACAUUUAGUUAGCGGACCACGCACAAGGCGCAUGAGUAAAUAUCUAGGGUUGCAUCAAGAUGGUCACGGGAUGCCUGUCACCCACUUUAUUAUUAUGCAAAUGUAUUUUGGGUGAGGAUAACAUUCAAGUUUUGGAUGAGAGGGAAACAUUCCACGAUAGGACAGGAAAUGACGUCAAGGGAAACUAAGCAAUAACGAAUUAGCACGGCACGGAAUAUAUAAGCUUAUUAACUUACUAUGCGUUGGAUUGUCUAGUGUCUUGUAGUGUUGCUACAGCUGCAAUGCUUGCCAAGAUGGAUCUGGCUGAACUAAUUGAAAUAAAAAUAAAAGUAUAAGUUGUAAAA